UUGAAGCGGAAUUAACUACACAAAUAAUCCCACAUCGAUCAAUUCAUUCCACUAAAAUCAAUCCAUUAAUUCCUCUGUUUUAUUGAUUUGCCAUGGCCGCGUCUUCCUUGCGCCGCGCUGUCGUCCCCUUCAGCGCCACCGCCUCGCGGGUCCUGGCCAGGAAAUCAGUCGGCGCAUUCGUGGCGGCGACGCGGAAGCCGACGAAGGCGCCGGAAUGCACGCCGGGCGUAGAGGUGUUCCUGAGCCACCGCGGGGUCGACACCAAGAGCUCCGUGGCGGGGCUGCUGUACGACCGGCUGGUGCAGAUGAACGUCCGGCCGUUCCUCGACAACCGGUCGAUGGAGCCCGGCGACAAGCUGUACGAGUGCAUCGACGAGGGAAUCCGGCAGAGCAAGGUCGGGGUGGUCAUCUUCUCCCGGCGCUACUGCGACUCCGUGUUCUGCCUCCACGAGCUGGCGAUGAUGGUGGAGGCCAACAAGAAGCUCAUCCCCGUCUUCUGCGACGUCAAGCCGUCGGAUCUCGUCGUGCUCGGCGACCCCGCCGCGCAUUCGCCGGAGGAUCUCAAACGCUACAACAGGGCGAUCGCGGAAGCCAGGCGCACCGUCGGCUUGAACUUCGACUCCGAGAACGGGAAUUGGUCGGAGUUGGUGUCGAGGACGGCCAACAUCGUGCUCAAGUGCUUGGAAGAGGAAAAGUCACGAAGACGUUCGAGCCACUGAAGACGCAGGCCGGAUCCUCUCUACUGCAAGCUGUGAUUCAAAGUAUGGAUUAUUUUAUUUAUAGGUGAGAUUUUAUGGAUCCUAUCUAUUAUAUAGAUAGAGUUUAUGAGAUCUCAUCUAUUAGUAAUUUAGUCCAAAAAUGAAUCAGGAUUAUGAUCUAGAAGAUCCCGGCUGAGUCGACGGCAGGUGCAUGCAAUUUAUCGAAUGCAUGCAUUCAGAUUGAGUUAUUUAAUUGAUGAUUCUUUGUAAUAAAACAUUAACAAUUUUUUGGUAAAUAAAUUA